AUGUCUGCUCGGCGGCCAUGCACUCGUACUCCUAAAGCAAGAAACCUCAACAGCAAGAUAGCCAAGAGAGAAACUCGGCAUCAGACCGGAGGGCAGCUGGAGAAGGGAGAACAGCCUGACUCCUCCUCCACCGAGGGCCCUCUCUCGGGAGACAACACCGGCGCAGAGCGAGGCAAAGAUGCCGUCGUUAUCGAGCCGUCCGUACCGUCACCGGAAUCAACUAACAACACCGUCGUCGCUGACGUGCAGCCUCAGAUCGUGUUGCAAUUCGACUCCAUCAAGGAUAUUGCAUGGCUUGCCGUCGCCUCCAUCAUGGUCGCGACGGCUGUCAACCUCUUUAACGGCCAGCUGUACUCGCAUCUUAAGCCCAAGUGGCUUAACAUCGCUAGUGUCGCUGUCUUCGAAGCGGGUAGUGCUCUCUGCGGUGCGGCGCCGAACAUGAACAGCCUGAUCGUCGGGCGAGCACUGAGCGGUCUGGGCAGUGUUGGUAUGUACCUCGGGGUCAUGGUCCUCAUCGCAGCGACCACGACGAUCCAGGAGCGGCCUGCGUAUCUUGCUAGUAUUGAGAUUACUUGGGGGCUAGGAACUUUGCUUAGGCCUGUUGUAGGAGGUGCCUUUGCUGACUCAGAUGCGACGUGGCGCUGGGUCUUCUACAUCAACCUUCCCAUCGGCGGCCUUGCUGCGCCAGUGUAUCUCUUCAUGCUGCCAUCCCCGGAUCCUCAGCCCGGCGCGACCAUCAUGCAGCGACUCGCCGAGAUCGACUGGAUCGGUGCUCCGCUGAUGCUCGGCGCCAUUGUCUGCUUUACCAUGGCACCCAUGGGCAUCUCAUUCGGCGGCGUUUUGUAUGAAUGGAACUCAGGUUCCGAGAUAGCGCUCUUCGUCGUCACAGGUGUCCUGUUCGUCGUGUUCGACAUUCAGCAAGCAUACUGCAUCGGAACAACAAAGGAGCGCCUCAUCUUCCCAGUCGAGUUCAUCACCUCCCGCAUGUACAACCGGACCAUCAUCCUCAUGUUCUGCGUCACGGCCGCCGGAGGCUGCGCCGUCUUCGUGCCGGUGUACCUCGUUUCCAUCUUCUUCCGAUUCACGAGGGGUGACAGUGCUAUUGACGCGGCUGUCCGCCUGCUGCCGUUCAUCUUGGUCAUGGUCACUGUGACCCUAACGCAGGCGGCAUGCUGUCGCAUCCGUCCGGAGAAUGUCAUUGCUUCCACCUUGAUGCAUGUCGUCAAAACUGACAUCAGCACAGCCUGGGUCUGCGGGGCAUCGGCCAUGCUCGGGGCCGGCGUCGAUACCUUCACGCAAGCGGGCUUCUCGAUUGCCCAGGCCAGAGUGUCGGCUUCCAAGGCUGCUGUUGCGUCCUCUACGAUUGCCUUGGCCCAGACCAGCGGUAUCAAUAUCGCGUUGGCGGUCAGUAACGCUGUGUUUUUGAACAGAGCUGAGAAGCGGCUGACUGCGAUUCUCCUGGACACUGUCACAGAGGGUCAGAUCCAGGCUGCGAUUGCUGGUGUUGGAAUGGAUUUUGUCACGACGCUGCCUCCGCGGAUGCAGCAGGAGGUUCUCGAGGCUAUCGUCGAGGCUCUGAAUCUGCCUUAUAUCUUGGUCAUCACUGCUGGAGCACUUGUCUUAGUCUGGAGUGUUCUGAUGAAGAGGGAAAGGUUGUUCAAGACGGCUACUGUUAGGGUUUGA